AUGGCAGCCUAUCCGCACUUAGACCAUGCCUAUAUCACUGGCGACCGCGAUGAGCCUCUUCACCAGGCACAAACCCUCGAAGAACCCGCUCCCCUAGUCCACCAAGGAGAUCCAGCACAGAUUCCCCUCGUCUGUUAUUCUUGCGAGAAACAGCAGAGAUUCUCUGACCUUUCUCACCUUCUAACACAUGUUAGCUCUAAGGCGCAUCUGUUGGAGCUCUACAACCUACAAAUCAUAAGCCAGGUUGAUGAAGCAGCUGCUAUGCGCUGCCGACAAUUUGACAUAUGGUACAACACAUACCACAUCAAGCAGUUAGUUCUGCAACGCAUGGAGGCACGAGGCGAGAAGAGUGCGCAGCUAAGCCGACGAAGCCAAACGCCAAGAGAUUCCCCGGUGAGCCGCCCGGCAACACGUCGUGGUGGUCGUGGAAGCCGUGGCGGCCGUGGUAGUCGUGGCCGUCGUGGCGAUACUAAUCCACGCGGUCGCACUCGUAAUCGCAGAGUUCAGGAGACCGCGAGCAUGAAGUACGAACCAGACGAAAACAUGGGUUAUCCAGGCGGAUACCACGGCGUUGAGAACCCUGCUAUCCCAUCGUGGCCGAAUCAACUCAACGCAUUGAUAGCUAACGAGGGUGACCUGGACCUGGUGUCCCAGGCUGAUUUUGAGAGUGUCGGCGAUGAAUAUGUCUCUCCGAAAGGCGUAUCGUCAGAGGAAAGCCGAGAGGGAAGCCAGUCAGAUAUUAUCACUGACAACAUGGAGAUGAACGACGUUGACGUAAGCAUUCCAUCCCUCAAGGGCAUAGUCUUCCCUGGUAUGGGUCUCUUUGAUGCAGCCGAAGAGGAACAGCGCCGCAAACGAAAUCAACGUAAACCCCCUGCUGUCCUUCAGCAGCUCGAGAUCAAUUCGACAUUAGUUAGCACGGAUGAGAACGUGUUUGAUGCGAACCUCGACCAUCAACGAACUCGGGAUGUUUACGAUGAUCCGUCUGAUGAGGGUGAAGAUGACGGCGAAGAGGAAGAUGAGGAAGAGGACGAGAUCGAAACGAAGCCCAAACGCAGAGGCCCUCAGACACGUGCCAUAUCGGCUGCGAAGAAGACUAGACGCACUACUAUUCCCCACGAUUCUCGUAUUGCGCGUGCUAACCAGGGAGCAACACAGGGCGCACAGCUCAGAUACGCCUCUUUAGCAGGUUCCAUCGCGCCAGAACGUAGUCGAGCCUUAGACGCUGGUGGAAGAGUGACCAGGUCAACCUUUCAUCAUGGUUUGCCACAGACACAGGCGCAGUUGCCACUUCACAGCCAUGGAUUUCAUGGUGACAUGGGCAUGUAUCAUGAUCCGAUGGGGAUGGACAACGCAUUAGGUUGGGAUUUACUCUCACCCUUUGCCGGAAACAUGCCGGCUGACACAGAACAGGUUCUGCCACCAGUCCUUCCGGAAAACGGAGACGGCAGUGAGUUAUGGCAAAUGCCUCUCCCAUCUUUCCCACACAUGGACGAUGGACUCACUUUCCCUGACAGUCAUGACCGCUUGCCAGGCCUCGCUUUGCGACCAGGCAACCCGAACCUUUCGUUUACGUCGCCUAACUCUGCUGUUAAACGAUCACCGACCUCCUCGAGCUUCAAUGGGAAGGAGAACGAAAGCCUGGGUCUGAAGCAAACUGCCACGCCUUCUAACCCUUACCUGCAGACGGCCACUUCUGGCUCCGGCGAGAAUUACAACCCUCUCUACGUCCAGCCUCGAGAUGGACUCGGAUUCAGUAUGUACUCAUCGUAUGACGAGGGUGUGAAGCCGACAAUGGGCAAUGGUUUCCAGCCUAUCAACGGCCAGGCUGGGUUCGGUCCCCUACAGAUGACACCACAACAAAAUGCAGCCUAUCCUUCAAACCAAGGGGGCAGUGAUUUUGACCUUUAGGAAUCUGGAGUCGGUGCCAUUGAAUUCGUAUUGCCUAGGAUGGGAAAUUACUCGUCUUUAUCCCGAAUUCAGAUCCACCACACUGCAAUAGACGUUUAUCGCAGGAACACUUACGUCCCUGCUUCACAUUAUUACGUUUUCCACGAUUAUGGGUCAAUUGAGGCCACUUUUUACUGAUGCUUACGUCAUGGUUGAACCAGCUAGUGACACAUGGUUCAAUGGCUAGCUAUAUCCUCGCUAUGGAUGAUUCAGGUCUUCUCUCAACAAUUCAGAUCAUCAAACGCCGUUCGGUACUAUACGGCGGGGUUUCGAGAUAAAAGUCGCAUGAUCUGGUCUAUGGUCAGAGUGAACUCGAAUCCAACCUCACGAGGCAUUACGGAAUUCAUCUGAAUUCAUACAUUAUCGUCCCAUUGGCUUGCGCUUUCCACUUUGCUAAUUUCGGUCGGUUUUCAUUCGGGUCAGAUAUCGCAGGUUCGUUGACCUAUCGAGGUGCCUGUUCUGGUUAGGCACUCUAUGGGUCAUUGAACUGAGUUGAUGGGCGUAAGGAAGGGUAUGCGACGCUGAAUCGGUCAUA